AGUUUUCAGAUGAAAAAACAACCUGCAUUAUUCCCAACAGGCAAACUUGCAUGUUUUGCUGGAAACGGUAGCAUAAUUACAAUACUCAGUGUUGUGUAAGUGCACAUUGAAUGGAUUAUAAUUGCGUUUAGAAUGUUACACAUUGACAAUUUAUGAUUCCCCUGAGGGACCCCGCCCCCUUGACAAGCUAAUCAACAAACAGCAUUGUAUUGUUCAGUGGUCGUUUAUUUUAGAUGUCUCUCUUCAUUUACCUGAUAGUUUACAGAAAUGACAGUCAUGUUUCGGCGAUCGGUUUUGGGACUUUACAAAAACCACUUAUUUCUAUGUAUCUGUGGACUUUUUAUAUCAGGUUGCCGUGGUAAACGGUCCUACAGUUGCUAUGAAUGCAAUUACCUAAUUAACUCAGAGGGUGACUACAACUGCGUGACCAGUCCGUGGAACGUGACCAGCGGAGUGGGCAUAAGGGAGUGCGUUGGAAAUGGGAAAACGUGUGUAACAAAAACCGUUUAUACUAAAGACAGAACCCGGAUAUACCAGAUGUACAGGAAGUGUACCGUUCCGGAUACUUUCGAUUGUGGUAUAGCCUGCUGUGUGGAGGACAGCGCCCAUGAUUACACGUGCCAAAGUUACUGUCGAAAUAACUUGUGCAAUGACUCUGAUGAAAGCGCCCGAUUGAUCCUGAGCCAAGCACAUCAGAAACCUCCCGGAAGUAGGGCCGCAAACAUCAUACACAAGUUCAUUCGAAUGACAGUUUAUGUAAAGAGAAAUUAUCGUUUUGCACCAUGCAUGCAGUGAGCACAAUUUUUGUGAUAUUGGAUUAAUUUGUAAGAAGCAUGGAGGAAUUUUGAACAACAUUAACAUUCUUAUAUAACGCAGGUUCCUAAUGCUUUUGUCUUUUAUGAUGUCUUUUUACGACACAGAAUUGUAUCAACAUGUCUGUCGUUACUCUGAUAUGAUAUUGUAGAUUUCAUAUUUUAAUCGAGUCUUUUAUUUGACGCAUGUCAACGUCAAUUCGCGAGAACGUAGAAUAUCUCGUGUUACACUCUGAAAAUUUAUUUCUAUAUAAACUAAUGGUCAAAAAUGAGAGCGAGAGAGCGAGAGAUGCUUUUCAUGCAUUAAUGAGAAUAUUGAUUACUUGCGUAAAAUAAGAAAUCUACAGUACUUUCCAAGCUGUUUGUUUACUAGCCGUAGGCAGGAGUAACUCGUCAUGGAAUGUGUUGAAAAUGAAAUCAGAAAAUGGCAGAGAAC